AUGCAGGUGCCGGGGGGCUCUGGUGGUUCGAAGGAUGAGGAGAAGGAAGAGGAGGCUAUUGUUGAUGCAAUGGAGUGCUGGAGGAUAAGGCUUGUGGGUGACUCGGUGAGUUACACCGACUUAGAAGGCAGUAGGUCUCCUGGAGUAGUAGCAGUAGAAUCAUUGAGGUGGCCUGGUGCAGCGACAGUUGUUCAGCAGAGCACCGGAGUGGUUUCCAACAUAUACGUCGGCUACGGUCUGAGAAAGGACCAGGCCUCGAUCUUGCCCGUUGAAGGCCCGGGAGUGGUCAUGGAUGAGGCCGUUGAUAUUGAGGAGCAGCCGGAGCCCUUCCCUGCUGAGGGUGACGAUGAGGAAGAAGGUGCUGCAGAGGAGGAUGAUAAGUGA